AUGGCUUCCUUCAUCCGCUCCGCAUGUCGAUCAGCGGCUCACAUCUCUCGCAACGCCGUCCCAAACAAAGUGUUUCGGAGUCAGCUACCCGCCACCACGGCUCCCCUACGCCUAUACGCAACCGCCAAACCUGCUGGCGUGACUAUCGCUCCAAUCGUUAUUCCACCCAAGGAUGGCAACAAAAACUCUCCCGAUGAUAAGGUCCUGAUGUUGGAUGUCAAGAAGAAGGUGCUGGAACUCUUGGAAAAGGAAGGACCCAUGUCGAGACGGAAGAUGUACGAUGACCAUCUUGCCCAAAUCUAUCCGACCGCACCUUUUGUACCGAAUACACCGCCUAGGCCGCUUUGGCUGCGUAAACAGUAUACACCUGAGGAAGAGCGAGUCUAUCUGACGAUGAGCAAGUUCAAGCGUCAACUGAUUCGAAGUCUUGCUGCCGAUGGAACAGUAUCAGUCAUAACCGUCCGCAAAGUUCGACACCUGCUGGCGGAGAUUGACGAAUCGGAGAAAUCGGAAGAAAUUUUAAACAGGAAGAAAGCAAUGGAACGUCUUGUGGCAUCUGAAACCGACAAAACGUUUGUUUGGAUUCUUGAUAGUUGGAUCAGAUCACUCAAACAAAAAUCCUUGGAACGUUCCCAGCGAGAAGCCAAACUCCUCGGUCAUACUGCGCCCACUCGAUUCAAGAGGGCCUAA